UUUAACAAGAAGAUCAAUGGAGCCGAGUAGCCAAAGAUCUCCCUAAACAGGCAGGUAUAUAAAGAAGCAGUCCUAGCCGUCGGUGAGCGGUGGCGAUGGCCGACGGCUGCUGGUCCUCCAACUCCUCCCUCAAGUCUUCGUCCGGUAACCCUAGUCUCCACCCCGUUUCCAUGGAGUUGUGAACGCCGCUGAGAGUCAGGAUGAGAUCGGCGGCUGGAGAUGAUCCCGAUUCAGGUAGGCACGAGGACUCUGGCGUUGCCGAUCGGGGAGGAGUCGAGGGAAAGUUUGACUCGUUGCAGAAGCUGGCAGGGAAGGAGACUGGGCCUACAGAGGAGGCGGAGUCAGUCGGAGAUUCACAAGGCAAACGGCGGAGGGUGGAGGGUUGUGUGGGGAAGGAGAGAGCGCCGGAGGGCGGUGAAAGUAUGCUGACGGCGGAAGAGGUUGCCUUGGAGGGCAUCACUGUGGGGAAGGAGAGGGCGGCGGAUGGCGGUGAAAGGAUGCUGAACGCAGAGGAAGUCGCCUUGGAGGGUAUCAGUGUGGGGAAAGAGAGGGCGGCGGAGGGCGGUGAAAGGGUGCUGACCGCCGAGGAAGCCGCCUUAGCUGACCGGCCGCUCCCUCCCCGGGAGAUUCCCUACCCCAAAUCUGGCGAUUACAAUGAAGUGGUGGCUUGGAUGCAUGCGACCGAUGCGCUGCAUAGCAACGCCAAUAUCGGAGAUGAUGAUUCUCUUGUGACCCUUCGGAGAACGAAGGUCAGUAACACUAAAUCCGUGGCAUCUGCUGUGAGCUGGGAUGCUAGAGACAUGAUCCUGGACGUGGCCCGCUCCGUUGUGACUGUAUCAGCCACUGAACCUGAUGGAAACACUGAAGAUUCCACUGGCAUCAUCAUUGAGUAUGAUGACGUUGGUAAGUGCGCUAAGAUACUGUGUUCUUCCUGUAUCAUGUGCACCAAGGAGGGCAAGCUGCGGCACCCAAAUCAAAAGGUAUCAGUUCAGCUGUCAAAGGAUACCUUUGUGGAGGCACGUGUGAUAUUCUUCAAUGCACACUAUGGAAUUUCUCUUUUGGUUGUCACUACAGGAUUUCCUCUGGUGGCAGCUUCUUUGGGUUCUAGACCAUGUUAUGGACAGGAUGUGUCUGUUUUGUAUAGAAAUGAUAAUUAUGCCCUGGUUGUCAGACAGGGGUUGAUCCAAUGUUUUGAGAAUCCAUUUCUCGAGAGGAACCAUUACAUGUUUCCGAGCUGUUCUAGUCAUUUGACUUGCAUAGGUGGUCCAGUAAUUAACAACAAUGGCGAGGUCAUCGGCCUGAUUGUCAAGUACAUCCCACAAGCAGCCAUUCUAUCGACAUCUAUAGUGACAAAAUGUAUUCAUAUGUGGAAUCAAUUUGGACGCAUCACACAUCCUAUUCAUCACCUUGAGUUGAAAAGUGUGCGAGUGCUGGAUAUGGUUCACCGAGAUGAGCUUUGGGCCAGCCACAAUAUCAGGAGUGGUUUUAUUGUAGAUCAGGUUUGUCCUUACUCUAUUGCUGAGAAGAUUGGCCUUCGGAGAGGAGAUGUGAUUGAAUUGAUUGACUUGGAUUAUCGUUCUACUGUAGUUGAGCUUGAAGAGUUCCUUCUCAGUCUUUGUUGGGACUUCAUGGAGAAGAAACUUGAUUCAGCCUCCACCAUAGAUAUCAAGAUACGAGUCCAUGAUAUUCGUGCCAAAACAAGUGUGUGCACUAUUUUGCCUAUGGAAGUCAGUGAUGCUGCAGUUCGCUCAUAUUAUUAAGUGCCUCACUGAAGUCUAUGAUCAAGUCCCCUAAAAAAGAAGUCUACGAUCAAGUGGAUGGAGAAUCUUGUCACGACAGACUAGAUAGGUCCAUCUAUGGUUACCAGCUUUGUGGCUCCAUGCUAGUCUCAUUGUAGAUAUUACCUCACCGUAUUAGGACCGCUCUGCCGCAAUAUGCCUUUUAGGUAUAUCACUUGAUGCUAACUUGGACGACUCUUUGUUGAUGAGUGCUUCGCACUGUGAAGUACUGUGUUAAGGUUGAAAAUCUUGUUUAUUAUUUGUGUACUUCAGUCUAAGAUUUGAGUAUGCAUCCAACGAUGCUCAUUGCCAG